GGAGGGGGGGGGAUGGCUGGGGCUCGCAGCUGAGGCGGUGACGGGUGGGCUGAGCUGAAGCGGGAAUCAGAGCCGGAGCCGGAGCGGGGAGUCCGCGCGCUGAUGGGCCGGGGCUGACGGCGUGUCACCGCCUCCGGCAGGACCCACCUCGCCUUCCUCUGGGGCUCAGCGGAUGCUCCGGGUCAGGCACCGAUCGGCUUGGGGUGCAGGUCCGAAUCUCCUCGGCUCCCCUGCCUCAGCCGCGCUACCAUGUCCACGCAAAGACUUCGGAACGAGGACUACCAUGACUACAGCUCCACGGACGUGAGCCCCGAGGAGAGCCCAUCCGAAGGCCUAAACAACUUCUCUUCCCCGAGCUCUUACCAGCGGUUUGGUGAAAGCAACAGCACAACAUGGUUCCAGACUUUGGUCCACCUGCUAAAAGGCAACAUUGGCACCGGCCUCCUGGGGCUGCCUCUGGCAGUGAAGAAUGCAGGCAUCUUGAUGGGUCCCCUCAGCCUGCUGGUGAUAGGCAUCGUGGCCGUGCACUGCAUGGGUAUCCUGGUGAAAUGUGCUCACCACUUCUGCCGCAGACUGAACAAGCCCUUUGUGGACUACGGGGAGACAGUGAUGUACGGACUGGAAUCCAGCCCCAGCUCCUGGCUCCGGAACCACGCGCACUGGGGAAGGCACCUGGUGGACUUCUUCCUGAUUGUCACGCAGCUGGGAUUCUGCUGUGUCUAUUUUGUCUUUCUGGCUGACAACUUUAAACAGGUGAUAGAAGCGGCCAAUGGGACCACCAACAACUGCCACAACAAUGAGACUGUGAUUCUGACGCCCACCAUGGACUCACGACUCUACAUGCUCGCCUUCCUGCCCUUCGUGGUGCUGCUGGUUUUCAUCAGGAACCUCCGAGUCCUGUCCAUCUUCUCUCUGUUGGCCAACAUCACCAUGCUGGUUAGCCUGGUUAUGAUCUACCAGUUCAUUGUCCAGAAUAUCCCAGACCCCAGCCGCCUCCCCUUGGUGGCCCCCUGGAAGACCUACCCUCUGUUCUUCGGCACGGCCAUUUUUGCGUUUGAAGGCAUUGGGAUGGUUCUGCCCCUUGAAAACAAAAUGAAGGAUCCUCGGAAAUUUCCGCUCAUCCUGUACGUGGGAAUGGCCAUCAUCACCGCGCUCUACAUCAGUCUGGGGAGUCUGGGGUACCUGCAGUUUGGAGCUAACAUCCAGGGCAGCAUAACCCUCAACCUGCCCAAUUGCUGGCUCUACCAGUCGGUCAAGCUGCUCUACUCCAUCGGCAUCUUCUUCACCUACGCCAUCCAGUUCUACGUGCCGGCCGAGAUCAUCCUCCCCUUCUUCGUGUCCCGCGCGCCCGAGCACUGCGAGCUGGUGGUCGACCUGUUCGUGCGCACCGUGCUGGUCUGCCUGACGUGCGUCUUGGCCAUCCUCAUCCCCCGCCUGGACCUGGUCAUCUCCCUGGUGGGGUCCGUGAGCAGCAGCGCCCUGGCCCUCAUCAUCCCGCCCCUCCUGGAGAUCACCACCUACUACUCGGAGGGCAUGAGCCCCCUUAUCGUCGUCAAGGACGCCCUGAUCAGCAUCCUGGGCUUCGUGGGCUUUGUGGUGGGGACCUACGAGGCCCUCUAUGAGCUGAUCCAGCCAAGCAGUGCUCCCAUCUUCAUCAACUCCACCAGUGCCUUUGUAUAGCACUCUGCCCUUUCCACCCCUGUGUGUUCCCCAGCCCCUGGCCCCAGAGCCAGGCUGGGCUCCGGGCUCUGGGGAAAGGUGAGGUUGCUGUUGGGGAGCACCUCUACCUGGCAGCAGGGUACCUUGGGCCAGGUAGGGCUGAGGGUACGGGAGAGACUUGGUAGCAGAUAUGCAGAGGUCCCUCUUUGUGGCAGUGCCAUCCCUGUUCAUUUGUACUUACGUUAAUCCAGAACUUUAAACUCUUUUCCCUCAUCCCGUCUCCUCCCUUACCUGCCUCCCCCCUUCUGACCCACUUCACCCAAUGAUUCCUGUUGCACAGCUCACUUUAUUUAAACAUCUUAGUACCCCCACCUCAUGUUUUCUCCUUCCAGGCGCAGGCCUGGAUUAAGUGAGUGGGAAGGCUGGGCCUAUCUCUAUCUCAUACCUCUCCCAGAUAUUUUACCUCAGUUUCCUCCUGCCUGUUCAAGCUCCAGGAGGUGUCUGGACCUGCCUAGUAGUCAAAAACCAGCCCCAAAGCUGGAGCUUUUAAUCUUUACUCUCUCUGGCUGUGACCCUUGGCAACACCUUCUCUGAAUUCCUCGUGUGGGUCACAGUGUUGUAUUCUUAGAUGCUUUAGCUUCUGAAAGAUAUCAAGUGCUGCCUAAAUUGAAAAUAUUUAUAUAUUUUAUUUAAAAUUAGCUUCUGUUUUGAGAUUCUGUCUCUAGAUCUGGGGUUAUUGUGGGUUCUUCCUUCCUCAGUAAACUUUUACUAGGCUUCUCCCGCUGAAAAGAAACUUGCUCCAGGAAAUGUGUGCUUAGGUGCUCAGCACCCUUGGCUGAGUAACCCAGAGGUUUUAAUCAGGAUCAUUUUCAUGUGUACCUCUGUUGGGAGGCGUGGACUUCGCCUCCCACUGACCAGCCUGAUUUCACAUUGAGACGAUACGUAGGACUCAGCGUAUGUUUGCCAGUACACUAGGCUGAAGAGAGGAUGGCGGAGUGGGAUGUGCUUUUGUCUGCGCCCGGGAGGCUCAUAAAAUGGUCGCUUUGUGCAUUCAGGCCUGUUUUUCAGCCUCAGCCCCUGACCGGCACACAGCGCACUAGCGUUCAGUUGCCAGCACAUCGGGAAGACACCCGCACUUCGCCAUGGAUGAGAAGACAAGGCCAGUGUGCACAGUGUGAAAUUCAGCUCACAGUAGUGAGAAGCAGCUGGUCUGACCCUACGCGUGGUGCUUGGCUGUUUACAAUCAAAGGGGGACAGGCCAGACGCAGUGCCCCGCCCCGAGCUGCCUCCGUGACCUGGACUUCUAAAGGGAACCACUUGGUAGGGACUUCGGUCCCCUGUGUUUUAAACACUAAUUGUGACCCCGUCCCUCCCCCUGCAUGCCUCCCUGAGUGUCACAAGUAGCCUCGGGGUUGGCUCACCUCAAGGCCAGCCUUCAAGUUUGGGAACAGACUGUGGAGAAAGCAGAGAAAGGUGCAUGGCCUUGCUUUUGGCUGCCUUUUCUCCCUCUCUUGGUGUGAGAAGUAUUUCAGAAGAGCAUUCAUUAAGGCUCCAUCCCCUGAGCUGUGUGUGUGUGUGUGUGUGUGUGUGUGUGUGUGUGUGUGUGUUCGUUCGUGCAUGUGCAGUAGAGUCCUGCUGUCCUCCACUCCUGUCACCAGGCCGUUGCUCACCUGGAGACGGUUCGCCCUGAACGUCGGAGGGGAGCACACCUUCAUCAGGGUCCUGUUCGCGUGUGUUUCCCCAAAGCUCAUAAGGGCUCUGACUGCAGCCCCACUGCCACCCGCAGCCCUGGCCUUUUCUUUCUCUUCUGUUCCAAAGCCAAAUUCUCAUUGCAGUGACUCCCAGCCUACUAAUAAUUUAUUAACUUAGGGAGAUGGGAUCCGUGGUGACUUGGUCUCUCUUAGGAGAAUGACACUUUUCACCUACCCUUCCUGUGGUUGCCAGUAGGUGCUUGUGGGACCCAGAUUCUAGCUGACGCCUCAGGCAUAGAAGGUGCUGCAGUGGGUUCGAGGGUCAUGCUCUUCUGUUUGUGAGUCCUGGGCUCCAGUUGUGCUGAGAGUUUUCAGUGAGAAGGUACAUGUCAGUAGAAGGGAAUCAGAUAUGUGUUUCGCCCACAGCCUCUUCUGUGGCUCAGGGCACUGCUGGAGGCCGUCCCGUCCAGGUGGGUAGCAAGACUUGACCUGAGGACUGGGCGGCAAAACACUGAGUCCUCUGGUCCCAGUCUUAGCAAACUGCAGACUACUGUUCCAGGGUCCGCAGCCUAGAAAAUGUGUGUAGGAGAGAUGGCACCACUAGCUUUGGGGCUUCUAGAAGCUAAUUUAGCACAGCCUUGUCCCUGUUUGAUCUUUUUCCUGUGUAGGCCCGGUGAAAGCAGACAUCUGACUUAGAACAGCAAGGCUCUCAAGUGUGAGGCUCCUUGUCUGGGCCAAAGGCAAACCAUGGGAUUUUGGGGCCCGAUACUGUUAGGCUCUGUGUCCCUCUGCCAGCCACCCCAGUGCAGCCUCAGAUUUCCAGUAGCUUCUGGGAGCCCCCUGUUCCUUCUGCAAACGCUGCUAUUGGGAGGCCUCCAUCUCCCGGUUGGCAGUGUACCUCAAAUUGCUGGGGAGAGCGUGACCUCUCACCUUGUCUUUAGUUUUCUAGACGUUGUCACCAUUCACAAGUGUCAUUAUUUAUACUGUGCUGCUGUCUGGCUGCUAGGAGCCCUUCGUCUGCACAAACUUGGGCCAAAUGUAUGUGAAUGUGUGGCGUAUCUGAGCUCAGAGCCUGCAGCUUACGCCCUCCCUCUCUGCCACUCACUUCUCCAGCUGGACUCACUGGCUGGUACUCACUACCUACUCUCCCCCCAUGAAAGGUACAGUCUGUGGGUUUUCCACUUGUCUUCCAGUGAUGAUCCCAGAAAGGAACAUUAGGAAAUCUUUCCUCCAUCUCUGUUACUUUUUCCUUCUCAAACGUCUCCCUUCCUGAAUUGUAGAAUAUCAUCUCUGUGUAACACUACAUAUUCACCUCCUGUUUUUUGGAAGUGCAAAAUCUCAAUUCAUGUCUGUUUACAGCUCUCUCUAUUCACUGCUCACAACAAAGGGGUCUGUAUCAGUGUCUUGUAUUUCGUAGCUGAUCAGAUGUUAAGGCGAGCCCCAGCUCCGGCCCUGGUCAGAACCCAACGCCACUUCCUGACAGUGAGACUCACAAUACAAGUGGCAUGACCUCGUGAUUAGGGAGUCGGCUCCAAGACUGCCUUAGAAUUAAAUUUUCCAAAGUACAUUAGAAAUCUCUGAGACCAUUAGGGGUAGAGGAGAGGGUGUGGUUUGUCUUUGAGAUCAUGGUCAAUGCUUUUAGACAAUUUAAUUAGUCUUGCUGGUUGCAAGGCUGAUUGUUCUGACAGCACCGGCUUGUGAGAUUUCUUUCCUGUUCUUUGUACCAGCGGGUCAUUCUCUAGCCAGGGCGUGUAAGUGGUGCUGAGCUGUGGUUACCAGAACGGGGGUGGGGGGGCAGGGAAAUGAGGGUCGAGGGUGCCUGUUAUACACCACGUUCUUUUGUUUAAAUCAAAGUGAUGCUGGGAAAGCUGUUUUGUUUUAGUGAACAAUAAAAUUACGUGACUCUAUUGUAAACCAUGUCAAUGAAUGUGUGAAUAAGACAAAGAGGAGAAACUGCCAGCCAGCAGGUCUUUGUAACCAGAUGGUACCGUGUAUAUUAUACUGUGUACGCGCCUACAUGUCUAUUUCUUGCAUGGUCUGUGUAGAGAGGUAGAUCAUGCAGGAGCUCAUAGAAGAAUUUGCUUCAGGUUCUGCACUUGGAUCAUAUGUUAAACUUUUCCUUUAUCAAUAAAUGAAUUUUAUUUUUUAUUUUUGAGUGAUUGCAGUCUGCAUCUUUGUUUUGGCCUUUUUUUGUUUUUUUGUAAUAUCACUCAGACCUUUUUACUAGAUCUUACUAGGUUGAAAUGUUCGUAGUUGAUGUCACAGAGCCCAUCCAUGGAGUAGUGCCAACAAUAGAACCCCUGUGGAAUUGAGCGUUCCCAAGAUAGGGGCCAGGUAGGUAUUUUUCUGUCAGAUAAUCCUGACCCUCAGCCUGCUCCUGCUUUUAUUGAAAACUUGACUAGGAACUCUAAGCCCUCUCUGUGUAUAUCAGACAACUGUAUUUGACCGGUAUGGUGGUUAGUUUCAUGUGUUAAUGUGGCUGGGCUAUAAUGUUGAGUAACCCAGUUAUUCAAUCAAACACUAACCUAAGUGUUGCUCUGAAGCUAUUCUGUAGAUGUGGUUGAUAUCAAUAAUCAGUUGCCUUUAAAUAAAAGUUUGUCCUUAAAAUGUGGGUGGGCCUCAUCCAAUCAGUUGAAGGGCCCUAAGGGGAAAGCUGAGGUUUCAGUGAGGAAGAAGAAAUUUUCCUCAAGACUGCAGCACCAGCUCCUGUCUGAGAAUUGCCAGCCUAGCCUGACAGCCUGCCCUGUGAAUUGUGGACUUGCCAGCCCUGACAAUCACAGAAGCCAAUUCCUUGAAAUCCCACCCUCUCCAGUGGGGAGACUGAUUUCAGGACAGUGGAAGAGAUGACUUCCUUUUCCCUUUUGUCACAUUAAGAGGGAAAACAAGACCAUCUGAGCUGCCUCUCUAGGUGAUCUGAAAAUCAGUCUUGGGCAGCUACUGAUUGAGACUCAUUCAAAAGCAGACCCUUGAAGCACACUAUUGAAGUAUAGCACUUUACAGAGAGAGGAAGGCAGGGAAUGGAUUAUGACUACUUUCAGUUAUCAAUAUUAUUUCUGGAACUGGGGGGGGGUGUCAAAGGGAUUCAGUGACUGUUCCAAGUCAUCAACCAGUAAGUGGCAGAAUUAGGAUACAUAUGCAAGUGCUGUGAUUCCAGAACCCAAGCACUUCCCCAAGGCACUGGCUGCCUCCCCCUCUUUGUUACAGUCCCAGGAGGGAGGUCCACCUUUAGGGAUUAUUGUGAGGGCUAGAGAGAAUGUUCUAAACUGCCUGGCAUGAGAGCUUAUGAAGCAUUUUCUGAAAUAUUAGCUGAAUUGAAGAAAGGCAAGACUCAGAAGCAGUUUUAAUUGUUUUGUGGUUUUACAUCCAUUCACUAUAGUCCUGUCUUGCUCACUUCCUUUGUGAAGAGCAUUCAAAACUUUUUAGGUUUUUCACCUCUUCACAUUUUCAUUCCUGCUCAUGUUACACUUAAUGACUAUAAUCCUUCCUUCAAGGGCCUCAGCGUAAGCCCACUGCACUUCUGGAGGUAUAGAUUGAGUGACAGUGGACUGAACUUGGACCCUAAACUUGAGGCGCUUUGCUAAGUAGGCUUGCUUCCUCAGACUCUGCCUGUUGCAAACAUACGCAAGAAACUAUCUUUAACUGGUGCACUUUACUAGACCCUUGGGCAUUGGUCUCCUCCCAUUUUGGGGGAAAAAUUGGAGUAUAGUCUACAUGUAAUAAAAUUCACCUGUUUCUUAAGUGUACAGUUUGAUGGGUUUUGACAAAUGCAUGCCUCAUUUGACUACCAUUUCAAUCAAGAUGUGGAAUGUUUGCUUUACCCUGAAAAGUUCCCUUGCAGUCAGUGCCAUCCUCAUGCCCCUUGACCCCUUGGCAACAACCGACCUGACUUCUCUGUCUCUAGUUUUGCCUUUUCUAGAAUGUUGUAUAAACGGAAUCAUUAUGUAGUCCUUUAUGUCUGGCUUCCUUCACUUAGCAAAAUACUUUCUAUAUUCAUCUAUAUCAUUCCAUGUAUCAGUAGUUUAUUUCUCUUUAUUGCUGAAAAAUAUUCCAUUGUAUGGAUGAACCACAAUUUGUGUAUUCAUUUGCCAAUUGUUGGAUGUUUGGGUUGCUUCCAGUUUUUGGCUAUUAUGAAUAAAGCUGCUAUAAAUAUUCAUGUACAAA